CUUGUAAAAUAGAUAAAGCUUGAUUCGUUCUCUUUCUACGCAGUCUGGUGUCAUCAUUGACAGAUGUCAUGCUCUUUUUUCUUUUAUUACAUUAGCUAUUCUUUUUCGCCGAAUAUUUUGGGUAUGAAAUGUCUCUCGUGACUCCUAUGUAGGACGUAGUUUUCUUCAUAACAUUCAUUUGGUCUUUUUACUCAUUACAGAAUACGAUCGUAGUUUCCUAUAUAACUUUGCAAUGGUCAUCCGUGUUAUGUCAUAUAACAUUUUAGUACCCAUCUUUGCCAAUCAACCAAAACAAUUUUCUAAAUGUCAACCUGAAUAUCUUCAAACUGACUAUUGAUAGAAUCUGAUUCGAACUGGUUUAGAACAAGAAAUUGUUCGUCAUGAAAACAUUAAUAUCUGCUUACAAGAAUUAUCUCUUGCACUUUUACCUGAACUUGAAUUAUUUUUUCGUCAGAUGAAUUAUACAUUUUUUCAUAAUCUUUAUGACGGAAGAAGAAAUGAUUAUAUGGGUAUCGAAAUUGCAAUUCCACUUUCUAUGUAACUCAAUUCAAUUUCUAUUAAUAAAAUUGGAGAUCAUAUACGUUUCAUGACUACACUUCAUUAGAAAAAGUCUAACUUCUAUACAUCGGAAUCAAAUCUGUAUCCGUUUGUUGUGAGCAAAUUUAUACAAGUUGCAUCAGAUCCAUGGGCAAUUGCGCUGUAUAAAAUAAAUAUUCCUAUUUGUAUAGGAGUUGUUAUUAAUAAUAAACCAGUAUAUAUAUAUCGGUACAUAUCACAUGCCUUGUCUUUUCAAAGAACCUGAUAUAAUGUUAAUUCAUUCUUCAAUUGUUAAAGAUUUAAUGUUUCAAUUAUGAUAGGGACAUGAUUUUAUUCUAGCAGGUGACUUCAAUUUGAAACGAUGGGACAUCACUUACAAAGCUUUAACAGGAAAAGAUAAUUGUGCCAUCAAUUUACCGGAAUCGAAUACUUAUGAAAUAUCCUAUCGAUGCAAUGUUAAACAAAUAUUGAAAACUGCCUACCGACAGAGAAAUGAAAGUGAACCUGCUUACACAAAUUUUGUAGAUACAGACUUAUCAUUACGCUUCUGUGAUACAUUGGAUUACAUAUUCUUUUAUGGUGACCCUACGGUAGAAGAUGUUUUGGAAUUACCAGAUAAAUCUUCCAAUGAAUCUUAUCCUAAUCAAAUAAAUCCUUCGUAUCAUUUAAUGAUUGCAGCAACAUUUCGAUUAUAA